CAUUCGGUAAAAUGGUUAAAGAAAGGGGGUGAAAUCGAGAAAAAGUAAACUUCAGGACGGCGCUAGGGUUCAUAAUUGCUAUUGGAAGUGCAGGGGACGAGAGGAAGCAGAGUCAGAUCAAUCGUCCUAAAAUGUCGAAGAAGAACAAUUUGGCUAAGAGGAAGAAGCAGCACGAAUUCGACCUUCAAAGAGAAAAGGAGGAGAAGAAGAAGAAGGCGAAGAAGCUGCAAGCGAAGAAGAACAAGAUGAAGGUUGAUGGUGGUGGGAAGGGAAAGAAGGGGGGAAGUGGGUUUCAAGUCGGGAAGAGGAAGGUGAAGACGAAGCUGACCGCAUUGACCAAAGCUAAGGUGUCACAGGCAAUGGAGCUUGACGAGUGAGGUUCGGAUUACGUGAGUUAAAGUUGAUUUCUUUCGGGUUAGUGAUCUUUUCAUUGUUUGUUACUGGCCAUAGAUUUGUAGCUUAGUACUUACCAUGUACUCGUCGAAAGAAGAAUUCUUAGCUUUUUAAUUCUGUACUCUGUGUUCAAUGAAAUUUUGUUGAAGGGAAUUAUCCGUAUAGAGAAUUUGAUGCUAUAGAAUAUGCUUCAUCUUUGUAUGAGA